GAGUGACUAAGCCUUAUAGUGCCAUCUCACUCGAGAAUUUCUAUGUGAAAACUUGUACAUCCUCUUCUAAUUUCUCUAGAGCUUUCUCCCAGUUUGACAAAAGAAAGAAAGAAAAGAAAUGGCAGGAAUUGCUUUCGGAAGAUUCGAUGAUUCGUUCAGUGUAGCCUCCUUCAAGGCUUACAUUGCUGAAUUCAUCUCCACAUUGCUUUUUGUGUUCGCCGGAGUUGGUUCCGCCAUUGCAUUCAACAAAAUAACUUCCAAUGCUGGACUUGACCCUUCUGGCCUGGUGGCCAUCGCAAUUUGCCAUGGUUUGGCUCUCUUUGUCGCCGUUGCCGUCGGAGCCAACAUCUCCGGUGGACACGUCAACCCCGCCGUCACUUUCGGCUUGGCCGUUGGCGGCCAAAUCACCGUCCUCACCGGUAUCCUCUACUGGGUUGCUCAGCUCCUCGGCGCCGUCGUUGGUUCCUACCUUCUCAAAUUUGUCACCGGCGGAUUGGCAAUACCAACUCACACUCUUGCUGCCGGAGUUGGACCAAUUCAAGGGGUAGUGAUGGAAAUCAUCAUCACAUUCGCAUUGGUGUACACAGUGUAUGCUACAGCAGCUGACCCAAAGAAGGGCUCACUUGGAGUCAUUGCCCCAAUUGCCAUCGGUUUCAUUGUUGGAGCUAACAUUUUGGCUGCCGGAGCAUUCUCCGGUGGAUCCAUGAACCCGGCCCGUUCAUUCGGACCGGCCGUGGCCAGCGGCGACUUCACCGACCACUGGGUUUACUGGGUCGGACCACUCAUCGGCGGUGCAUUGGCUGGGCUUGUGUACCCCAAUGUGUACAUGAACCAAGACUAUGCUCCCCUUGCUAGCGCUGUUUAAUUGUCACAAAUUUGGUCAUUGAUUUUUGUAUUUAUUUUCCGUUAUCUUGUUCCAUUCAUCAGAGAAAAAAAAAGAAAAGAAAAAGGAAUUGUGCAAUCUGUCAAUUCGUAAUUGAAAGGGGAAAAGGCAAUUUGAUGCUUUGUUUUUUUCUCUUUCUGGUUUUCAUUUGUGGCGUGCAGCUAGCUGUAAAUCCAUUUUCCAUUGUACUCUUCUGAUGUCUGAAAUGAAAGAAAUGCACGUUUUUAUUUUCAAAA